AUGGAUGGAAUAGUGGCCAUAGACUCUGAGAUAUCUCCUCCACACCCUCCACCUGAUCCGAUUCAACGCCCGCCCAGCCCACCUCCCCCUCCUCCUGAAGACUCGGCCGCUCCUCCGCCGCCACCAGAUACCGCAGCUCCUCCGCCUCCUCCAGAAGAUGUACCACCCCCGCCACCCUUGGAAACAAAGAAGAAGCAGGGAUGGGGCGCAAAACGCCCGGUAGCAACUCCAUUGAGUGUGGAAGAGCUCAUACGCAAGAAGAAAGAAGCAGAGACGGCCACGGCCAAGCCCAAGUUCUUAUCAAAAGCCCAACGAGAGAAACUCGCAUUGGAGAAACGAGCCCAAGAGGUUGAGGCAGAGCGGCAAGCAAAGGCCCGCGCCAACGGCGGUGGCCGCAAUGGAUUCGCCCCGGAACCAUCCUCAGCAAGGCCUCAUGAGCCAAAGAACAGUCGGGAUGACCAAGGGGCUAGACAUGUUCCCACUGGACCACGAUCAAUGCGCGAUGAAGCCCCGACGGGACCUGCUGCUAUGCGGAAGGGAGGUAGACAGGCUCGCGAUCACGACAUGCCGCCACCACCCAAAGCUACCAAAGGCGAGAAGCGAUUAAACGAAGAAGAUUCGGCAGUAGCGCUUGCUGCGCUGACCAAACAACGAUACGUGGGAGCGGAGCAGACAUCGAACUUCUCGGCAAAGAAAAAGCGCAAGCGUACGACGGACCGAAAAUUCAAUUUUGACUGGAAUACCGAAGAAGACACAAGCGGUGAUUACGACCCCCUCUAUCAACACCGACACGAGGCCAACUUCUUCGGCCGGGGUCGUCUGGCAGGCUUUGGCGAUGAUGUUGCAGAUGAAGUGACGCGCAAAUACGUAGAGGCCCUGGAGUCCCGCGACCAAGAAGCAGGUGGAGCGCGGGCGAAGGAGAUCAUGGAGAUGGAACGUCGUCGGCGUGAGGACAGCACUCGUAACCAGUUGGACAAGCACUGGAGCGAGAAGCGUUUGGAACAUAUGCGUGAGCGUGACUGGCGUAUCUUCAAGGAAGACUUCAAAAUCAGCACCAAGGGCGGCAGCGUACCGAAUCCUAUGCGCUCAUGGGAAGAAAGCUUGCUGCCAAAGCGCCUAUUGGAGCUUGUCGAUCGCGUCGGAUACAAAGAACCAUCCGCUAUUCAGCGUGCAGCUAUCCCAAUCGCUAUGCAAUCGCGUGAUCUUAUUGGUGUCGCCGUCACAGGUUCCGGUAAAACAGCCGCAUUCCUACUCCCACUUUUGGUCUAUAUUUCAGAGCUACCUCGACUCGACGAAUUCGAAUGGCGCAAGAACGAUGGACCAUACGCCAUUGUACUGGCACCCACCCGUGAAUUGGCGCAGCAGAUUGAGAUCGAAGCGAAGAAAUUCACACAGCCACUCGGAUUCAACGUUGUCAGUAUUGUCGGUGGUCACUCAAUCGAGGAGCAAGCCUACAGCCUGCGUGACGGAGCAGAAAUCAUCAUCGCCACGCCCGGUCGUCUAGUAGACUUUAUCGAGCGUCGCAUGCUAGUUCUGAGCCAAUGUUGCUACGUGAUUAUGGAUGAGGCAGAUCGCAUGAUCGACAUGGGUUUCGAAGAACCCGUCAACAAGAUCCUCGACGCCCUCCCAGUGACCAACGAAAAGCCAGAUUCAGAAGAAGCCGAAGACUCACGCGCCAUGAGCCAACACGUCGGCGGUCGAGACCGCUACCGCCAAACAAUGAUGUACACAGCAACUAUGCCCCCAGCCGUCGAGCGCAUCGCCCGCAAGUACCUCCGCCGCCCAGCAAUCAUCAACAUCGGCACAGUCGGCGAAGCCGUCGAUACAGUGGAGCAGCGCGUGGAGAUGAUCCCCGGCGAAGACAAGCGCAAGAAACGACUCAACGAAAUCCUCUCAUCAGGCGAGUUCCGCGCCCCGAUCAUCGUCUUCGUCAACAUCAGGCGAAACUGCGAUGCCAUCGGGCGCGAUAUCAAAAAUAUGGGCUUCUCGUCGUGUACGCUACACGGUGGAAAAUCCCAAGAGCAGCGUGAAGCCGCGCUCAACUCCGUCCGUAAUGGUGCGACUGAUGUUAUGGUUGCGACGGAUCUGGCGGGCAGAGGUAUUGAUGUGCCGGAUGUGUCGCUUGUCGUGAACUUUAACAUGGCCGGUUCGAUCGAGGCGUAUACCCAUCGUAUCGGUCGUACUGGUCGUGCUGGAAAGAGUGGUACUGCCAUUACUUUCCUGGGUAAUGAGGAUACUGAGGUUAUGUAUGAUCUCAGGCAGAUGCUUAUGAAAUCGCCUCUCUCGCGUGUCCCUGAGGAACUGCGCAAGCAUGAAGCGUCGCAGUCUAAACCUAGCAGGGGUCCUGGAGGGAAGAAAAUUGAGGAUAGUUCUGGGUUUGGAGGAAAAGGAGGAUGGGCAUAA